AGCCAAGCCAUGAGGAUCCUUUACCUGCUCUUUGCUGUUCUCCUCCUCCUCUUCCAGGCUGCUCCAGGUUCUGCCGAUGCGCCUUUUGCUGACACCGUGGCGUGCAGGAGCCAGGGGAAUUUCUGCCGCAUUGGGGCAUGCCCACCCACGUUUGCCGCCUCGGGAUCAUGCCACGGGGGGCUGCUGAAAUGCUGUUCCAAGUACGUGCUGCAGGGCCGAGGGGUGUCAGGGGGCAUUUUUCUCCUGCCAUUUCUCCUCCUGUUUCCUUGA